AUGGAAACCGACCUCAAGCUUGGUUCUUGCUCCAUAUUUGGUAGCUUUGAUUAUUGCUGAUUUAGGCAUCUGAGUGUCUACCCGAGGACCAACCUCUGGGCUUUGCAGGUUGGCAGAGGGGAAGAUCCGGGCUCGAGAGUACUGUGGAGUUCUUUGCAACAACAGAUAACAGUGUAGUCCUUUUCUCUAUUGCCUGUUCAUUUGCCUUGGAUUCCAAAGAAUUGUUUUCAUGCCUUAUAUUUUUUUAUUUUCAUUCAUCUUCCUUAUACAGUCUCUGACAGGUUUUAGAGAAUCUAUCAUGCUUUUGCUUUUUUAACCAUUAGUAGCUUGUGAUGCCCCCAGAUUGUAUUUUCUGAUGCUUGGUAGAUUGGCAAAAAAGAUGAUAACCCAGAAGAAAACUGGCUUGAUUUUCCAAAGGAUAUGACUGAGCUUGGGGCAGCCAAUGGACUUUGAUUUUAAAGGUAGUCCAGGGCAUGUCUGUUAAGGAGAAAGAAGUUCCUAGAACAGGAGUAAAAUAUCAAGAAAUAAAGUCCCCUGAACCUGAUUCAGGAGAUGAUUUAUCAGAUGAAACCAAAAACAUGAAAGAUACAAUGGAAGUGACUCCCACUCAACAUUCUAUGAGAACUACUGGCAAAAAUUUCAAGUUUGCUGAAGUUUCUUCUGACGAUGACAUUGUUGGAAGUGAUGGGGAUGCAUCAAGUGGAGAGUAAAAGAAAGUUGGUGUGAAACUUGAUAAAGCUGGAAACGUGAGAGUGGCUAUGGACCACUACUUCCUGUCCCGUGGUGAUCAGCACUGAAAAUGAAAAUGCUGCAGAAAAGAAUCAGUUCUCCCAUGAAAUUCAAGUGUCUGUAACUCCAGCAACAAAGUCUAGAGAAAGGUCUCAGUCAGCUGUUACAAUGACUAGAUCUGAGGAAACCUUGCAAAGUAAAUCUGGUUCACUUGUUCAGGCCACCAUAUCUACACUGUUAAAGAAAGUGGAGGAAAAGGCUGAAGAUGAGGACAUUGAAGAAUUCUCAAGCACAUUGCAGGAUACUAAUGGAAGUAAUGAGAAUUGCGAUGCUUCUGAUUCUGAACACCACAGUGGUAAACAUGGGAGGGCAUAAGCAAAUCCAAGCAUCUGUAGUGGGAAGCACUAGGAUAUUUUGGGCUCCCUGCCAUACAAUACUACAUGCAAUGUACACAAUGUGUUUCACCAUUGUCAGACAUGCUCAAACAAGGAUGUAUUCGCACGUUAUUUUUAGCUCUUAUCCCACCAAAGAGUCAGUUCAUUCCUCUUGCAUCUAAUGCUCUUUACCAUACAAUUUCUCAUGCUGAAACUUCACUAUGCUGGAAAAAAGGAAAGGAAAUUUAGAAAUACAGUAUUAUACAUGGG